GGACGCACUAAGGGACCAGAAGCCCACACCGAAACCAGAUGGCAUUUCUCCCAAGCCGGCAGCACCUUUCGCAUGGCUCCUGGAAGGUGGUUGUUUUCACAGCCUCCGUUCUGAGCUCCUGGAAUGGCACUGUGUGGGCUGAGGUGACCAUCACCCCAAUUCCAGAAAGGGCGACAGUCGGCAGCAGCAUCACUCUCUCUGUGCAGACUGUCCAGAGAAAUGUCCUUUCUUUCACAUGGUUCCGGCAUGACAGGGACAGUAGCAACCAGUUCUGUGUCAUCCGACCUGGAGAACAAUUUGGGUCCUGUGGUAAUCAGAGCACUAACCAAGUGGUUACGUACCUGAAUGGCUCCCUGACCCUGACAAACCUUUCAUCUCAAGAUUCUGGCCUCUACCUCGUCAGCAUCAAUACCCUGGAAAAGAAAACCUUUUGGGGUGAGAAAUACAUCCAAGUCCAUGAUUCUCAGCCUUGUCAAGGGAUACCAAAGUCUAAGGAAGACAACCUCACUUUCCUUGUGGCAACUGCUGUUCUGGCUAGCCUGAUGAUAGCUGGGGCCCUGAGCUGUGUUCUGUUUCUUAUAAAUACCAAAAGGGCUUCAAAGAACCAACUGGAAGAUCGAGGAACAGUUGGGGAAAGUCGUGCAGCCAGGCCCUAUAAAAAGGUGUUUCACGCAUAUGAAAAUGAUUCCCAGUCCCGAGUGAUGCACACAUAUGAGAAUGAAUCACAGCCUCCAGUUCUUCACACACAUGAAAAUAAUCCCCAAGCUGGAGGCAGGAUGGCAACCACCCAGGACCAGAGUUUUGCCUCAGCCUCCUCCUCCUCAACCAUGUCUGAGAAUACUUACCAGGAGCUAGAUGUCACCAAAGUCGAUGUCUAUAACCAAAUCAUCCAUCCAAGAAGCCAAGCAGAAAGGAAGAUGUCCCAGAGAUGAUGCCCUCUGCCCAGCAAGGCACCAUCUUCCUGGAGCAGGAUCCAUGGAGGCAAAACCCUUGGAGACAAGACAGACAGAAUGGGAACCCUUGUCAAGGGCUCAGCCAGAAACCCAAGAUCCCAUCUUUCCACUAUCUCCAGUCCCCAGAACUAAGCCCAAUAAAAGCACCUGACCCCCAAAA